AUGUCGAAUCUCAUAGGCCUCACGGAUACCCAUCUAGCCCUCCCUUUUGCGGGCGACCUGCUACUGCCAGCCCCCGACGAGGAACAGCUCUGGGGCCUCGGCUCCGUUUCGCCAGUAACACACGCAACCUGGGACCCAAGCAAAGUCGAGUCGGCAGCCUUUGCCCACUCUGCAUUGGAGCGCGAUCUCAAAAACGCCCAAGUCCGCAAUGGCCAACCAACCCCCCCACCAUACGACGAACACCAAUCCACCCAUCACCUCCCCCACUCCCUCUCCGUCCUAGACAUGACGAUGAGCAUGAGUCUGGAUGGCAGCGCCAGCGUCUGCGCCUCCAAGCGCCGCCGAGUCCGCGAAUACACAGCGGCAGCCGCAAGUCUGAGCCCUGAACUAGAUCUAGACGACGGCGAACCAAUGGACAGCGCCAAACGCGCCAAAUUCCUCGAGCGCAACCGUCUAGCCGCAAGCAAAUGCCGACAAAAGAAGAAAGAACACACCCAGCAACUGGAAUACCGCUACAAGCACCAAAGCGAGAAACACCAAGCGCUGAUGACCGAGAUCGCGCGCCUGCGCUCCGAGAUCCUAGGGCUGAAAAACGAAGUCCUGAAACACUCCCAGUGCGGCGACGAACCCAUCAAGAUGCAUCUCGCGCACAUGCUGAAGAAGAUCACCGAAGGCGAUAAAGAGCCCUCCACGGCCGCCGUCGCUGCUGCCGCUACGCUGCCCGACUCGGCGCUGGCCUUGCCGGAGACUUCGUCCGUGUCGUCGCUUGAGCCGGUUGUUGCGGCGGCGACGACUACGGCGGCUAUUGCGGCGGCCAUUGCGGUGCCGGUUUCUGCGGCGCAGUCUGGGCAGGCGGCGUUGUCGUUUGGCUUUGAUGAUCCUUUGCAGUUGGAGCCUGCUGCUCAGGCGGCCGCGGAGGCUUUUGAGCAGCAGAUGCGGAGAGAUUCGGAGGCUUCGCUUGUUUCUGAGGGGUCGUUUGCCUUUUCGGCUGAGGAGAGCUUUGAUGAUUUGAUUAAUGUUAAUGUUUAG